AUGUUUCGAACGUUAAUAACGGGUGCUCGGCAAAGUAAAUUUAAUUCUUCUACUCCCGCAUUAUUACGAGCUUUCCAUGCUUCUAAGCCUGCUGCAAGAAUCGUUGCUACAGAACCAUUGCGAGCUAAAGAAGCACCAUCACAUGUAAGCAGCAAAUAUACAGUCAUUGACCAUACAUACGAUGCCAUAGUUGUGGGUGCUGGUGGCGCUGGUCUUCGAGCAGCAUUUGGUCUCGCAGAAGCAGGAUUCAAUACAGCGUGUAUUACAAAACUUUUUCCUACUAGAUCACAUACUGUAGCAGCACAAGGUGGUAUCAAUGCUGCUCUUGGAAAUAUGACUGAGGAUGAUUGGCGAUGGCAUAUGUAUGACACGGUAAAAGGUAGCGAUUGGCUUGGCGAUCAAGAUGCCAUUCAUUAUAUGUGUCGUGAAGCUCCUCGUACUGUGAUAGAGCUUGAACAUUAUGGUGUGCCUUUUUCAAGAACUGAAGAGGGUAAAAUUUAUCAGAGAGCUUUUGGUGGUCAAAGUCUAAACUUUGGUCAAGGUGGCCAAGCUUAUCGAUGCGCUGCUGUUGCUGAUCGUACUGGUCAUGCUCUCCUUCACACACUUUAUGGACAAUCUCUUAAGCAUAAUACAAAUUUCUUUAUUGAAUAUUUCGCGUUGGAUCUUUUGAUGGAAGAUGGUGUGUGUCGUGGCGUGAUUGCCUUAAGUCAGGAAGAUGGAACCUUGCAUCGUUUCCGAGCACAUAAAACAGUAUUAGCUACGGGAGGAUAUGGACGCGCCUAUUUCUCUUGCACAAGUGCACACACGUGUACCGGAGAUGGAAAUGCUAUGGUCGCUCGUGCAGGUCUUCCUCUUCAGGAUAUGGAAUUUGUACAAUUCCAUCCUACUGGAAUUUAUGGUGCUGGAUGUCUGAUUACCGAAGGUGCUCGUGGUGAAGGUGGUUAUUUACUAAACUCUAAGGGUGAACGUUUCAUGGAACGUUACGCUCCUACCGCAAAAGAUUUGGCUUCACGUGAUGUAGUUUCACGUUCUAUGACGAUGGAAAUUCGUGAAGGUCGCGGUAUUGGUGAAGAACAAGAUCACAUUCUUUUACAACUAUCACAUUUACCUCCGGAUGUGUUACAUGAACGGUUACCUGGUAUCUCGGAAACUGCGGCUAUUUUUGCCGGGGUUGAUGUCACCAAGGAAGCCAUUCCUGUACUUCCGACUGUUCAUUAUAAUAUGGGAGGCAUACCCACACGUUACACUGGUGAAGUGUUGACUCAAGACAAGAACGGAAAUGAUGUAGUUGUGCCCGGUCUAUACGCCGCUGGAGAAGCUGCAUGUGUAUCAGUCCACGGUGCAAAUCGACUUGGCGCCAAUUCUCUUCUAGAUAUUGUGGUAUUUGGACGCGCGGCCGCACACCAUAUCAAAGACACAUUAGAAGCUGGUACCCCUCAUAAAGCUCUUGCACCAGAUACAGGAGCGAAAACUAUAGCAAAUCUUGAUAAACUGCGUAAUGCUAAUGGAACGCAACCUACUGCUGAAAUCCGUACAAACAUGCAAAAAGCCAUGCAAAGAGACGCUGCUGUAUUCCGUACACAGCAGUCUUUGGAUGAAGGAGUGACAAGCAUCACAAAGAUAUUCAAGUCAUUUGACCAAGUAAAGGUCUCGGAUAGAUCCAUGAUAUGGAAUUCGGAUUUGAUUGAGACUUGGGAACUACAAAAUCUUUUGACAAAUGCAACUCAGACCAUGAACUCUGCUUUGGCUCGUAAGGAAUCUCGUGGAGCACAUGCAAGAGAAGAUUUUAAGGAUCGAAAUGAUAAGGAAUGGAUGAAACACACUCUCUCUUGGCAAGAUCAUGAAACAGGAAAAGUCGAUCUGAAAUAUCGGGCUGUGACUUCGAAAACUUUGGACGAGAAAGAAUGUCAAGCGGUUCCUCCAAAAGCAAGAGUAUAUUAA